AUGGCCGGAGAGAUGAUUUACAUUUUGGAGCAGAGGAUCAAGAAUCAAAAGAAUAUCUCCGAGGAAAAAGGCGAUCUUGUGCUUCACGAUAUUAUUAGUCAAACACUUAAGCAAAAAUAUCUUCAUGAAAUAUUCAAACCACAACACAUGUUCUCUCGCCGCCAUAUGCGUGCUAUGUUUGAACGUUUAGCCCAUUCUAGCAUCAUGAGACUUAGUGAGAGCAGUAUGGAAAAGUUGUUCGAUCUCACUCUGAUGAUGACCAAAUACCAGAUCCAAUCGGUGGUGAUGCCUGAGCAAAUCCUAACAGUCACUAUGAACCAUUUGAGUGGUAUGAGACGCAUUGCAAAGCAAGAAGAUGAUAUCCAAGAGUUGAUACGCAAUGCACAUGCCAUGCUCCUUCACAUUUCCUUUCUUCCUCUUCCUCGUUCCUCAUUCAUUGUUCAUGCUUUGCCACCUCCAUCUACCCCUUUUGCGUGUCCUGGUUCGGGGUUGGCAAUGAGCUAG